CACACGCUCUCACUUCACUGAGUGCAACUACAAGGUAAACAGCUGAGAUCCGAGCUAAAGACAGAUUACAAACUACAAACUAAAGUCCAACUCGGGACUGAUAAAAGCUCGUCGCCUUUUGGUGAAAGUGCCAAAACAACCGUGCGUAAUUACGCAUAAGAAAAAAACAAUGAGUGCCACAACCGCAAUGGAGGUGAACGCCGAAGCCAGACGGAUCUUGGCCGUGUCGAUAAGCAAGCUGUACGCCUCAAGGACCCAAAGAGGAGGACUGAGACUCCACCGGAGCCUCCUUCUCUCCCUGGUCAUGAGGUCUGCCCGGGACAUCUAUCACUCCUCCCGGGAAAGCGAAGAGCUGAGCGGGGCGCAGCCGGCUCCAGUUGAACAGAUGGACACCACCUCCUCCAACACGGGUGAACCAGCCGGGCAGCCCGAGCCACAACCUGAACCCACACCGGUUCUGAACUCAGCCGAUCUGGCCCCAGAACAGCCGGACAACGAGGAAGAGGAAGAAGAAGGGUGUGAUAGUGAACUCAUAGAGGACAAAGAAAACAUGAGCCCGACAAGGCAGUCCAGGAAACGCCGGGGCAAGGCGUCGGCGGCGCCUGACUUCCUUCCCAGCAAGAGGGCGAGGCUGGAGCCCGGGGAGGAGAGGUAUGCGGCCCCGCUGGGCAGCUGUCGCGUCGGGGCAGGAGACUCCCUGACCGCUUUGUCUCUAAAUCGGGUUAUACCUGCCUUCUGAACAGAUGGAGGGUGAAAAUAACCUCCAAUGCGACUUUGGAGCGGAGUGAUUUUCAACUCCUCGUUAACCUUUUGAAGGCGGUUUGAUCCCUUUGCGCACCGAGGAGCUGACCUACAUUGGCAGCCCAGGACAGAGGGAUUACCGGGGCCAUGGUGAGACCUCUCCAGGUUCAUCUGAGUGUGCCGGCCGGGCUGGAAAAGCCCCAGACAGAGAUCAGCAAGCAGAGAGAGAGAAGAAGAAAAAACUGAGAGCCAGAAGCCAACGAAAGAAGAGCUUCGGGCCAUAAAGUUUUAAGGAAGAAACUGAAGGGGGGGGGGGGAACUGCUUGUGUUGCUUUUCUGUUUCCCGGUGAUUCACCUUAAGUCAAAUGAGUCCUAACAAGUGACUGCUGCUGACUCAAAGUGUGUGUAUGUGUGAAUCAGCGAAGUGUGAUGUGAGUCAAUCAGAGAAGAAGUCAACGAUUAACCACAGAGCAACACACACACACACACAGACACACACACACAACCAGGACUUAAGGGAAUUUCCUGCCUUCAUACCGGGAUCUCAACAGUGAAAGAGGAAGGACAGACACACUGACACACACACACACACUUACACACACACACACACAUUCAACUGCUGCUGUGGACUUUGAUACAUCAAAUAAAUCAAUACUACUGCUUCAGGACUACAUACUGUGUUCACAUGGUGCUUAAAAAAAAAAAGAA